AUGCGGUUCCUCUGUCUUCACGGAAUGGGCACAAAUAGCAGGAUCUUCGAGGCCCAAACAGCUGCUAUCAGAUAUGGCCUUGGAAGUCUUCACACGUACGAGUACGUUGAUGGGGCGCUCCCAACUGCAAUGGCACCAGGUGUGGGUAUAAUUUCCGGCUUGGAGGAUGAAUACCUCCAAUCCCUCUACGAAAAAUACGCCGCUACAGCCACAGCGGGCCAGGACAAACAGUUCCCUCGCCAUAUUACCAUCUUUGACUCUGCCCCUUCCACCAACUUCCGCGUGAGUAAAGCGGUGGCCUUCUUCACCGUUAACCUAUCGCCUAUACAGCGCAUAAUCGCAGCCCCUUUCCUCUAUUUGGCGGCAGCGGGCUGGACGCUGGUGCUUUGGCUCAGACUGACCGCUGAUAUACAAACAAGGUCGUGCAAUCACCACAAUAGACGAGAUUUGGUGUCGGAAGCCCGCAGGACUUAUAUUUACACUGACACGGAUGCUAUCGUUCAUCCAGAUGACGUGGAGCAGCACGCGCGGGAAGCAGAGAAGGCGGGCUACACGGUGAGAAGAGAGAAGUUUGUCGCUUCAGGGCACGUAUCACACUCUAGGAAGGAUGCAACCAGAUACUGGGGGAUUGUGACAAGUACGUGGGAUGGGAGCUACCCUGCAAACUAG